AUGUCUUGCAGCCUGGCGGCGAGUGCAGGCGAAGCAGAGGGCAUGUGUCUGGCGUCUCUCCGCGGUGCGGGGGCGGAGGUACUCGCCGUGCUGGCGGCGGACCUGUGCGCCGUGGCUGCCCUGGGGGCUGUGGUGGCCAACACGGUGCUGGUGGCCUGCGUGCUGCGCUGGCGGCCCUGCUGGAGCCCGCUGCUGCUGUGCCUGGCCUGCGCCGACCUGCUGGCGGGGGCGGGCCUGGCGCUGCGGCUGCUGGCGGAGGCGGUGGACCCCGCCGCCGCCGCCCCCGCCGCGCUGCAGCUCUCCGCCGCCACCGCCUCCGUGCUCAGCGUCGGCGCAGUCGCCGUGGGAGCCCGCCUCCGCAGCAACAGGGCGCACUACGUCCUGGUGGCUGGCGUGUGGUCGACCUCGCUCAUCGUCGGCCCGGCUCCCGUCCUGCUCGGCGGCCGCAGCUACUACGACUGCUCGCUGAGCUCCACCUCGCGGCUCCCCACGUCGCUGCUGCUCUGGGCCUGCCUCACGCACUCCGUCGUCGUGGCGGCCCUGGUCGCCUCCUGGAGGGCGAAGCGACCCUCGCCCCAGGACUCCGCCCCCGGAGACCCGCGCCUCGGGGCGGCCGCCGUCGCCGCCUGCUACGGCCUCUGCUGGCUGCCGUACGCCGCGCUGUCGCUCCUGAAGCUCGCCAAGUUCCCCGACGACACCUGCUGUCCGGGCGUCCUCCAGGACCUGUUCUUCGGCCUGGGCACCACCAACUACGCCCUCAAGCCCUUCCUGUACGCGUGGUGCAUCCUGGGCAGACGAACGACGUACCAGUUGCAGAGGGACUGUGAAGAUGUUGCAACUUAA